CUGCGUGUAAAUGAUUAAAGGGCUCUCUCUUACAUCCUCCAAAGAUGACCUUCUGAAGCGCUCCAUCACUACGCAGAAAUGUCUGGUCGUUGCGCGCACGUGGUAAAUGUGGUCCAAAUCCUUCGGAGAGCGCGAGAGCCUGCUCCAACACUCUAUCUCCCAGAUUUCCCACGAAUAAAUGAUGAGCGAGGCACUUGGAGUGGAUGAAAAGAAAAAGCAAACAAGCCCGCGCUCACGCUCGAACAACUCUUUUGUGCCAUUUUACGCACGCGAUAAACGCUUUCUCCAGACAUAUAUGUCUGUGCUUAGACUUGUUUCGAGAAAUUGUAGCCCAGAAUCUCGUCAAAUGAAAUAAGGUUUACCUCUAAGAAUAAUGAAAAAGUCACAGCUAAAUUACAGCACACGCCCCCUCUCUAUUUACACAAUCUCGCCUAAAUACUCGUAAAUUACCACUAAUUUAUUCUGAUUUCACCCUAAUAUAUGUGCAAUAAAGGAGUAUGGAUCUGCCGCUAAUUACAUAAACUUAAUAGCCUUGAAAAUUGGUGCAUUGAAUAAAGUUUGUCGUGGGGCAUCAAAGAUGUAUUAGAAGAAGUCUAUGGGCGUUUAAAGCGAAAAAACGAAAAAAGGGCCACAGUUCACUCCGCUGCUUUUCCAUCCUAAUAAAUACAAGCCGUCGUCUCAAGUCCUUAUUAGUCUGCAUGUAAAACAACCAAAAAUAAAUAAAAAUGAGUGGCCAAAUACAAGAAAUUAAACUAAUAUUGCAGCAAUCCUACAUUUCUCAAAAUACUUGCCCGAAAUAAAUGUGCGCACAGAUAGGCUAUUAAAUCAGGUUAUUUUAUUGGAUGUAAUUUGGAAAAGAAAUCAAAGCCAAUUACAUGAAUGAGGAAGAAUGAACUUGUGGAUGCGGGUGGUGGCGCGAAGAGGGGAGGCAAGGGUGCUUGAGGUCUUGGGCUAAAGCUGACAUACCUCAGACUGCUCUGAUUGGUCCUUCGUUUGGAGAAGCUCAUGGGUUCAUUCCGUUGUUAAGCGCCUCCCCAUUUCUCUAAACUACAUUAUAAUGCAACAGACCUCCCUUUUAACCACAAACCGAAUUUGCUUUCAUUUAGACCAUAUAUAUUUCUUAAAUAGGUUAAAGUCAUAGAGAUUUUUUUGGAAUAGCAUUUCGCCCUGGAGCGGUGCGCAAUGCUAUCUCAUGCCGACCUCCUGGAUGCUCGCCUCGGUGAGUUAUCAUCACCAAACUCCGGUCUUCAACUCUACUGUAAGCUGGAGGAACUUCGUAUCUUAUAUCAAGCCUUGAAAUUGUCAAUUUGCUUCUUAUAUUCUCCUAAUUUGACUCGAGUAACGCAAACUGGCUUAAUUCAUUGGAAAAGUAAUUAUUAUUAUUAUAUUAGGUUACUGCGUAAUUUGAUUUAACAAUUUUCUAAGGUCUUGAUGUAGCCUAAUCGAAGUGAAAUACGAGUAUUUAAGAAGCAAAUUGUAAUGUGCAUGCUGUAGUCUUCUGGAUGUUCUCGUUUUUAGAGCUCUUUUGCUAAAAUUGAGUUUGUUUGGUGCAUGUUUAACUCUUGUUGUCAGUGUUAUUUGUAAAUGCAUGAAAAUACUACAGCCUACUUGGAUAUUGCAUUAACAUUUUCGAUAUUUAUCCCUUUGUUUACAAUGCAUUUAUUGAGAUGUCUAACGCGUGUCUUUCCCUCACAGAGCUGCUCUGGUCUGUGCUCGUUCUCAUCACAUCUCCUUUUGUGCCCAGGGAUGAAGGACGCCGCUGCUGAACUGCUAGGACACAGGGACGCAUUGAAGUGUCGACUGCCUGACCCUAACCACUCCGGGGAGCUGGUUCCUGGACCGGACGGUGUGGAAGGUACCACGAUGCUCCCCGGAGAAGACAUCAGCGGCAGUGCGGGUGCGACGGCCGGUCCGGUCAACAAUAAAGAGCAGGACAAGCCCCAGCAACAGCAGAACAGCGGCAGUAACCAGAACCAGCCCGGUGGGCAAACCCAGAAGCAGAAGCGCCAUCGCACGCGCUUCACGCCCGCUCAGCUCAAUGAACUCGAGCGCAGCUUUGCCAAGACGCACUAUCCGGACAUCUUCAUGAGAGAAGAACUGGCGCUGCGCAUCGGCCUCACGGAGUCCCGUGUGCAGGUUUGGUUCCAAAACAGGCGUGCCAAAUGGAAGAAGCGCAAGAAGACCACCAAUGUUUUCCGUGCGCCAGGCACGCUACUGCCCACGCACCACGGCUUGCCUCAGUUUCCUUCGGCUGCAGCGGCGGCCGCUGCGAUGGGCGACAGCUUGUGCUCAUUCCACGCCAAUGACACGCGCUGGGCCACGGCUGGGAUGCCAGGCGUCUCGCAGCUGCAGUUACCACCGGCACUAGGCCGCCAGCCUGGGAUGGCUCAGACCCUGUCGCAGUGCAGUUUGGGAGCCGGGCCUCCGCCCAAUUCCAUGGCCCUGUCCAACAUGUCGUCUAACGGCUCGGGGUUGCAGUCUCACCUGUACCAACCCACCUUCCCCGGGAUGGUGCCCGCGUCGCUGUCUGGUCCUACAAACGUCACGGGCUCCCCGCAGUUGUGCAGCUCCCCGGACAGUGACGUCUGGAGGGGUACAAGCAUCGCGUCUCUGCGCCGCAAAGCGCUGGAGCACACAGUGUCUAUGAGCUUCACCUAGUCCGGCACAGCUCCAUCAGGAGAUGUUCACUUUGUACUCUGUCCUGACCAAUCCAGGCCCAGAACAGGACCAUCACUGCUCCUCUGCGCGGCUGUUUCCUGGAGGACUCAACCAUUUGUCGGCCGGGCAAAAGGAAUAGGGCUGUCAUAUUUAUUGUUUCGCAUGUAGCUAAAGACAAUUAUUUAUUGGUCUAUUUAUUGGUUUGUUUGUUAGGCAUUUUUGGAACUCCCCCUUUGUUUGUUGCAAAUUCAUUUUAGAUAUAAAUGCAACAUCCCUUUCGACCUGCCCAUCACAGGCCGCGGUGUUGGCGCUGCAGCGCGUGGACGUUAGAGGGAUGUCGGACGUGUCCUGAGCCAAGACCCAUGAUCUCAUCCGCUGUGGUUUGUAGGAGUUGAAAACUGGUCACUUUGUAAAAAUCCGUUAACAUUUAGUCUGUGAUUCACCUCUGCUUUAAUGUUUUUCAUGGACAUGUUUAUAAGAAUCUGUGUAAAUUAUUCAAUAAAAUUCAUUUCAAUUAUA